AUGCCGUUGGCCGGCGUAAACACGCAAGAAUGCUGCACGGUCAAGAUCACUAUACUGGAAGAGUCCAGAAGGGCUCGAAUGGCUCGGUUCAGAGUUAAUAACACUGCAGAAAUUUUGAUUGUAACUGUAGAAAUAGAAGUGAGCAGUGGAGCUGGUCUUCAUUGGGGUGGAAGUUCAGGAGUUGUGAACUUUGGUAUGGGAGGCUCUUAUCAGUCUCCCAUUCGAUACCAGAUAGCUUUGAAAAAUUCUGCAAAAAAACCUGUCAAAGUUCAAAAUAUCAUUAGUGUACCAACGUCUAAAGCACUUAAGGUCAAUUUUGAACCCACUAUCAUACCAGGGGAUACGGAAAUCCCUGUAGCAAUUGGAACGUUAAUUUAUGAUUGGAAAGCUGGACUAGAUUUGAAACACUUUAAAGGGAAAAUAAUGAUCAAGGGCAUUGGACCUGGUGGCUCUAGUCAAAAACUGGCAAUACCAUGGAUGGCUGAAGUAUUGCAAGGUGGCCUCGAAAUAAGUAACUUUGUCCCAAAGAUAUUGAAACCUGGUCAACGGGAUGACAUAUUCACGCUAUCUCUGAUGCAUGAUAAAAAAAAUGACAAUUUGCAGUUUGAGUCGUCGAUAUUGAUAUACUCGAAUGUGUCAACAACGAAAGUUCCGUUGCUCAGUUACAAUGGAAAGCUGCGAAAAAUAAUCCCAGAUGAACGAGAACGCGAUAAAGGCUCAAUCAAUUUCGGCACCGUGAGUAGCGGUACCGAGAACGAGGGCAUCUUUGCUCUAGAGAAUCAAAAUCCUGUAAACAUAGAACUGCACGGCUGGGGUGUGAAUAUGCCCGGGGCCGUCUUAGAGCUAGUGGGUUGUCAGAGUGGUCCCACCGAUUUAUUUAAUAGAGGAAUAAGAAAUAUAACUGCCUGUAGCACUACGGGAAAUCAAAACUUAAAACCAAGUUACUUAGCAAUCUUUAAGAUUAAAGUUAAAACACCACACAUAGAGGAGGAUACUAUUGUUGGUGAUGUUUUUGUAAAGACAUUUUACGAAAGGUUAACGGUUCCAGUUUACAUGCGAGUGGCUCAUGGAAAAAUAACUAUGAAAAGACUUAAAUUCACAAAUUGUUUUCCCGGUUCCUCGUGUGUGCAACAAAUUAAGGUUCAUUCAACGUUCAUCAGACCAAUGGAAGUAACUUUUAUUAAGCCAGUGCAUGAAGACGAAAGAGUAAAGUACACUCCUUUAGAAGAGACUUCCUAUCCUGUUAUUUCCAAAGGCGAUAAUCAUGUUGGCUUUAUCGUGAUAGAUCCAUUGGUCACUUGCAAGCCGAAUUGUUAUCUUGGUUUAUCUCUAAAUAAUAGUGAUGGAAAUCAAUGGUUAAACACUUUGAGUUUACCUCUGCAUACGCGUGAUUCUGAUUUAAAUUUAUUGAAUACUCUGUAUACUCGCUAUUUAAAUACAAUUGGCGACUCGUGGGACAAUAUAACAAUGCAAUUAGAUACCAGUGAAGUUCGGGGGUACAAAUUUACCGUGAGUAUAAAACCACACUGGCCCAGUGUCCUGGUGAGCAGUCAAGGUACAAAAUAUAAAAGCUUGUCCUUUCCACUGACUCAAGUUGGUAACACAUCGUACAAAAAUAUAACAUUGCAUAAUCCAUCAUUGAAUCCAUUAUUGAUCCAUUUGGUAAUGGAUUGGAACUAUCCUCAAGGAUCAAGGUUAUUCCAGUCUUUACCAAAUGAAUUUAAACCUUCAUACACUAAAUGCGCAAAUACAAUACAAGGAGAGUUCAAAUUAGAAGAUUAUGGGAAUAAUAAACAUUUGUUUGAACGUGAAUGGAGUAUUGCAUCUGCACAGAACUCUAUUCCUUUGGUUCUUAAACCCAAUCAAACGAAAACUAUAGGUCUUUCCUAUGCCCCUAAACUCGCUGCAUCAUCUUCCGCACUUUUAUAUAUAAGAAACAAUAUGACUAUUUUAGAAGUGUUAGGCAUUGUAGGACGUGGAGCUCACGCACAGUUCAAAUUCGGUAAUCGCAAACCUGGAUCUUCAAAACCCUUAUUGUUUGAAUUUACUGAGAGGCAUCUUCAGGGUUGUCAAACAAAGCAAGAAGAUUUCAUAACAAAAGACAGAACCUUGUCUAAAGGUGACGAAAUCAAAAGUGAAGUGUUUGGACGAGAGUUGAAUUUAACGUUGAGACGCUCGUUCAUGGCCCGUAAUGUUGGUGAACUACCGAUCGACGUGCACAGGUUCUAUAUCAAUGGAUUGACUUGCCAAGGCUAUGGAUUCAAGGUACUUAACUGCGAGCCUUUUAGGCUCCAGCCGAAUGACAGCCGCCAAAUCGAUAUUGCCUUCACGCCCGAUUUCACGCUUUUCCGCGUUGAGCGCGACCUACUGAUAGAAACGAGCAUGGGAUGGGAGCCGCGGAAAUACGGUAUAAAAGACGAGAAGGAAGAAGGAAAGGAGGAGGAGAAAGACGACGAGGACGGCGUCGAGCUCGGCCAUGAAGUCGAUGGUAUGGUCAGGCUGAGCCUACUGACCACUUUGCCUGCCAACAAAUUAGAGGCGUGUUCAAGGAUUUUGGCUCGGCCUAGUUGGGAGCAAGUGAUCCAAUGCAUUGCUAUUGUUCUUGCAGGGCUUCUCUUUAUUGGAAUUUUGGUUACUGCCAUCCUCGAGGCCGAUCGCAUACUGAAUGUCUUGCUGUUGACUAUGUCGCGGGGCAAUCCUACGCAGCCACCACUAGACUUACGGUUGCUUUCACAUUCCUCGCCCAUGCAACAGCAGCACGGCAUCAACGCCAACAGCCAUCAUCAGCAAUAUCACCAGCAUGUCAAAGAGAAGCUGGUACCCGCCACGGAUGAUAGUAGCAAUAGCAGAGCAAGUAGCAAGAUCAGUGGGAAGAAAGAUGAUACGUCGACGUCGUCAGCCGCUUCGUUGCUAGUCUGGAGCUUCGUAAAUAGCAAGCGGGGUAAGGACAGGGCCAGCUACAAACAAUACCAGCUGCUGACCGACUGGUCAGCCGAGGAAGAACGUAGAUUCCGACUGGACAGCGAUGCUCGGGAUGGAAUGAAGCGCUGUGUCGACUCAGCGUCGCUCAGUUUCGAGCAACCGGCAUCGGUUAGCAGUGCUACUGGUAACUCGAAGAAACGCGGUGACAGUAAGCAGCAGCAACGACAAAGUUCAUUGAAGAUAUCACUAGUGGAUGGUGUCGCAGACGUGGCUGUUGUCGAGCUGCAAAUCGCACCAUCUGAGAAAAAGAUUUCCAACAAGUCCAGUCCCAUCAUCAACAGAAAGCAGGGCAAAACUUGCAAGGAAGAAACUACCAAGCACAUCAAUCACGAGAUACAGCAGCUUGAGACCGGCAGCAACAUUGUCUCAAGUAGUUUCAAGCACCGCAAACAGCCUGCCUCUAAUGGUAGCAAUAAUGCGAAUAAUAAUGCUUUUAAAAAAUACGAGGCUAAUGCUUGUCAGAAAGUUAAUCAAUACUCUGAGGAGGAGACCUCGUCCACCACGACUGAGAGCUCCAUUCAAGAGGACAAUAAUGUAUACAAGAAGGACCAAGAGAAUACGAAAAUUUGA